UAAAAUACUUUCCUGUUUGCCAAUUUGCCACAUCGCAAAUUACGAACAAACAGCUUAAUAACAAUAGCAGUGACGUGGCUGUAUACUUUUUAAUUAUGUUGUUGUAAUUAUUAUUAUCGUUUUAUACAAAGAAUGCGGUCGCUUUCAUUAAAAAGGAACAUUAGGCUUGGUUUGCGUCAAAGGAGUGCUGAAGCUUAAAAUAUUCAUAUAUUCCAAUGUUACUGUCCAAAAAAAAAAUCUGGCACUAGCAUAGGUACUUGAGGUGAUAAGAUAAGGAGAUAUUCGUGCUUGCGUUUUACUCUGUACCCACAGACUUAAAUCGUCAAAAGAACAGCUUUGAGUAGGACACAACGAAAAAAAUGUUGGGAUUUGGCAGAAUAGUCUGCAAUGCGCUAAAAGAAGAGGUGCUAGCUGUUCGUUGGCACCACACGAACAUGCAGAUAGCUCCCCUUCAGAGGUCGGCUCUCGAGGAGAGGUGUAUACUCGUGGACGAGCUGGAUAGACCCCUUGGAGAAGCUACCAAAAAAGAUUGCCAUCUUAUCGCCAAAGAUGGCAGUAUUCCUCUGCACAGAGCCUUCAGUAUUUUUUUAUUCAACACCAAGGGAGACCUGCUCAUACAGAAGAGGUCUGCUACGAAGAUAACUUUUCCUGGUUUCUACACAAAUACUUGCUGUAGUCACCCGCUUGCCGAAAUCAAAGGGGAAAACGAAGAAGCAGAAGCCCUUGGAAUCAGAAGAGCUGCCCAAAGAAGACUUGGCUAUGAACUAGGCAUACCCACCUCAGAAGUGUCCCCAGAUGACUUUUGUUACCUAACAAGGAUUCAUUAUCAGGCAGCUGGGGAUGGGAUUUGGGGAGAACAUGAGAUAGACUAUGUAUUAUUUUUGCAAAAGAACAAGAUCACGCUGAAUCCAAAUCCAGAUGAAAUCAGUGAAAUUCAAUGGAUUUCCAAGAGAAAGAUGGAUGAUUUUGUAAAAAGUAUCGAUUCUCCCUUAACACCCUGGUUCAAGCUGAUACUUACGCACCAGCUACCAGUUUGGUGGGAUAAUUUGGACACGCUGCAUAAAUUCCAAGAUCAUUCUACGAUUCAUCGCUUUUCCAAAACGUGAUUUUUACAUUUUUUGUCAGUUCUUGUUUUAAAGUUAUUUGAUAUUUCAAUAUGUGAGAAAGGUUGAAAUUGAAAGUGAUUGCAAUGCUGUUGGUACCAUCUACUCUAAUUUUUUUACCAUCUUUUAUGACAUUCAUGUGUAUUUUAGACAAAAUGGAUACAGUAAUGCCGUUUUUAUGAGACGGAGAACAAAAAGGCUCUUUAGUAGUAAAGCUAAUUAAUAUCGAUAAUUUAUCCAAACAUUACCAAAGUUUGACAACUUUAUUUAAUAAUUUUGUUGAAUUAUAAUGUGAGACAUUUUUAGAUGUGUUAUAUUUAUGUAUGUCAUUAAUUGAGCUGCCACGCAUUUGUCCUAGAAUAUAAAUGUAAGCUUUAAUUUACAGUCAAGUAACAAUGUGCAAUUAACACAAACAAAGAAUCAAGAAGCGAACAAGUAUUCAUACUAAAAGAUAACUUACUUUAAACCAACCUCUUGCAUUUAUAACAUGUAUCCGUCAUAAUUUUACGUGGUGGGUAAUUUAAUAU